CAAUGAUAUUAGUUGAUUACAAAGGUGAAAAAAAGUCUUUCACGCCCGAAGAAAUCAGUAGUAUGGUUUUAAGUAAAUUAAAAGAGAUCGCUGAGAAAUAUCUUGGUGCUAAAGUUAGUAAGGCGGUUAUUACUGUUCCCGCGCAUUUUAAUGAUAGUCAGAGGCAGGCUACAAGGACCGCGGGGUCUAUAGCGGGGCUAGAAGUUUUAAGAAUUACGAACGAGCCUACAGCCGCGGCACUUGCGUACGGUUUAGACAGAAGAGGUGACAAAAACGUUCUUAUUUAUGACCUAGGUGGCGGCACUUUCGACGUUUCGAUUCUCUCUAUAAACGGCUCUGUGUAUGAAGUGAAAGCCACUGCGGGUAACACUAGACUCGGCGGUGAAGAUUUCGACAAUCGUCUAGUCGCGUAUUUCGCUGAAGAUUUUCGUAAAAAAUAUCAUACUGAUAUUCUAGGUAAUGCUAAAGCUUUGAGGAGGUUGAAAACGGCAGCGGAACGAGCAAAACGGUUUUUAACUUCUUACAGUGAGGCGACAGUACAAGUGGAAGCAUUGUGUGACGGGAUUGACUAUAUAGGAAGAAUUUCCAGAGCUCUCUUCGAAGAAUUAUGCUCAGAUUUAUUCCGAGACACGUUGGGGCCAAUUGAAAAAGCUUUAAAUGAUGCAAGACUGAAAAAAUCUGACAUACAGAAGAUUAUUCUAGUAGGGGGCAGUACUAGAAUACCAAAGAUUCAAAGUAUGUUGAAAGAAUUCUUUGACGGAAAGAAUUUGACAACUAGUUUGAAUCCUGAUGAGGCUGUGGCGUGUGGGGCUGCGAUUCAAGCCGCCAUUUUAAACGGCCAGCGACAUGAAAAAAUAAGAGACCUAUUACUAGUCGAUGUUGUACCUCUAUCCCUAGGAGUAGAGACGGCUAGAGGGAUGAUGUUCAAAGUCGUAGAGAGAAACACUCCAAUACCUUGCCAGAAAACCAAAGAAAUAACCACUUUAGAAGACUAUCAAAACCGUAUGACAAUAGAGAUUUUUGAAGGUGAAAGAAGUUUAACUAAGGACAAUAAUUUGUUAGGAGUUAUAGAAUUGACUGGUAUACCGCCUGCACCAAGAGGCGUAGCCAAAAUAGAUGUCACUUUUGACAUAAAUGCUAAUGGGAUUCUCAGCGUUUUUGCUCGAGACCGCAGCACGGGACAUACAGAGAGUGUAGUAAUAAGAAACCAGCACAGACUUAACCAGAUGCAGAUAGGGCAGAUGAUAUCAGACGCUGCAACUUACAAAGAAAACGAUAUUGAAAGCAAGCGACGUUUAGAAGUUAGGAACCAACUAGAGUCCUACAUUUAUGAAGUAAAAAGGAAUGUAGCAGAAAAAGGAGAUUUGUUAACGGAAAAAGAGAAAGAGUUUAUGAAUAGAGAAACGGAGAAUGCUAUUGAAUGGCUGGAUUUGAAUAUGGAUUGUGUUAGAGAAGAAUUUGAGAGGCAGAUGACAGAGUUAAUGAGGAAAUGGUCGGGAGUUAUGAGAAAGAUAUAUAACCAGCCUUGGAUGCAUCGAGCAAAGCGGCAGAGAAGUGAGACUUACGAGGAAUUGGAAGACCACGGAAGCACGACCAUAGAAGAGGUACAGGAUAAUGAGGAAUGAAGAGGAAUAGGCUUUAAGGAAUCCUGGAGAGUUCCUUUUAGAAAAUUCUGGAAUGUUUCGUUCGAAAUGGGAUUUUAGUAGUGGAAAAUACUUUGUAAAAGGAAUUGAAAAGCCUGUUGUGAUAUUUUUUGUUUUAUGCAGAAGUUGAGUCUGAAUGUUAAAUAUCUCUACUCAGGGUUUAUUUGUUUGGACACGCUAAUCUCAAGAACUACCUAGGUACUGAUUCCGAUUUGAAAAAUUCUUUCGAAAGCUCAAUUAUCUGGAAAAAAGUAGCCUAACCUAGAGAGAAUAAUGAUAUUUUAGAUAUAGAAAUAGGUCCCUAUUUUUUAUAUUGGUGCGUGUCCGAGUGAAACCACUGACGAAAGUUAGCAAUCUCAUCUCUGUUGAUCUACUGAAAAAGUAAGAUAUUUUAAUCCAGUAGUUAUCUAGACAUUUAUUCCUGCUUUAAAUACGGGUGGUGCCAUAAGACAAAGUUAGUUAGAAU